GCGAGCUGAGCCGCCGGCACCAUGCAGUCGGACGAUGUAAUCUGGAAUACACUAGGAAACAAGCAAUUUUGUUCUUUCAAAAUAAGAACCAAGACUCAGGGCUUUUGCAGAAAUGAGUACAGUCUGACUGGUCUGUGCAACCGCUCGUCCUGUCCCCUGGCAAAUAGUCAGUAUGCCACCGUCAAAGAAGAGAGAGGGCAGUGCUACCUGUACAUGAAAGUUAUAGAGCGAGCGGCUUUCCCUAGGCGACUCUGGGAACGGGUCCGGCUUAGUAAAAACUAUGAGAAAGCACUGGAACAAAUAGAUGAAAAUCUGAUCUACUGGCCCCGCUUUAUCAGACACAAGUGUAAGCAGAGGUUUACCAAGAUAACCCAGUACCUGAUUCGAAUCAGAAAACUCACACUGAAGCGACGGAAGAAACUUGUUCCUUUGAGUAAGAAGGUUGAACGAAGGGAAAAACGAAGAGAGGAAAAAGCAUUAAUAGCUGCCCAGCUGGACAAUGCUAUUGAGAAGGAAUUGCUGGAGAGACUGAAACAAGAUACGUAUGGCGACAUCUACAACUUCCCCAUCCAUGCCUUUGACAAGGCCCUAGAGAAACAGGAAGCAGAAAGUGACUCUGAAGAUGAAGAAGAGGAGGAGGAGGAAGACGAAGAAGAGGAUGUGGGGAAAAGAGAGUUUGUAGAAGAUGAGGAGGUAGAGGAGAGUGACCUGAGUGACUUUGAGGAUAUGGAUAAACUGAAUACUGACAGUGAGGAAGACCAGGAUGAUGGAUCUGCCAGUGAAGAAGAGGCUCAUAAGGCCAAACACAAAGGCAAAGCACCCUUGAAAGGACCUUUGCGGAAAAAACGGGCCUAUGUGGAAAUAGAGUAUGAACAGGAGACAGAGCCCAUGGCCAAAGUCAAAGCCACAUGAAUUCCCUUCACACUGGCAGCUGUGCUCGCUCUCGUGUGUGCUGUUCCCUAAAGUAUUUAUAUUGUUAAUAUUUACGUCACUUCAGUGGAGCUGAAAUCUGGAGUGAAUGUGAAAGAGCCUUGAGUUGAGAGGCGUA